GCUGAGCCGGGGGCGCGGGUCCCCAGCCGGUUCGGCCCCUGGGGCAGCGCCAGAGUCAGCGGCCGGCGGGCGGACAGCGCACGAGGCACUGGGGACAUUUGUUUGUGAGCCAGAGCCAUCUACAAAACCAUGGCUGAUACAAGAGCGGUACUUGACAGUGAAGAGUACCCAGACACUGAGGUUCAGAAAGACCGGGUGCUGACUCUGGAAGAAUGGCAAGAAAAGUGGGUGAAUCACAAAACUGGAUUUCAUCAAGAACAAGGACAUCAGCUAUUAAAGAAGUAUCUGGAUACUUUUCUUAAAGGCGAGAAAGCACUGAGGGUAUUUUUUCCCCUUUGUGGAAAAGCAGUUGAAAUGAAAUGGUUUGCAGACCGAGGACACAGUGUAGUAGGCGUGGAAAUCAGCGAACUUGGGAUACGGGAAUUUUUUAUGGAGCAGAAUCUUUCUUACUCAGAAGAACCAAUUAUGGAAAUUCCUGGAGCCAAAAUAUUCAAGAGUUCUUCAGGGAACAUUUCAUUGUAUUGCUGCAACCUUUUUGAUCUUCCCAGAGCAAAUAUUGGCAAAUUUGACCGGAUUUGGGAUAGAGGAGCCUUAGUCGCUGUUAAUCCAAGUGAUCGCAAACGCUACUCGGAUGUAAUGUUGUCCCUGACGAGACCUGGGUUUCAGUACCUCUUGUCUGUUCUUUCUUACGAUCCAACUAAACAUGCAGGUCCACCGUUUUACGUUACAGAUGAGGAGGUUAAAAAAUUGUUUGGUUCAGUAUGCAAUAUUCAAUGUCUAGAGAAGGCUGAUGUUUUUGAAGAACGACAUAAAAGUUGGGGAAUCGACCAGAUUAUUGAAAGGUUAUAUCUAUUUACAGAAAAGUAAAUGAGACCUAAAUAGAAACAAAUAAUAUCAAAAUGUUUUUGAACAAUUGAAAAUUGUGCUAAGGCUUGAAAUUGGGUGACUUUUGGGGAAAAAAAUUGUUCGCAAAUCAUAUCACAGAUCUUUGCUAAAAAAUGCUUAUGACUUUUUAGAAAAAGCACAUAUUUUGGAAAGGAGCGUAUGACUGGGAAUAAAAGAUUAUACUUGUAUGUCUUACAGAUUGUAAGAAUUUUUUACAAUCAGCAUGUAUUACUUAUAUAAUUAAAAAAGAAAAAAGAAAUGCAAUGUAUGUAACAAGUAUAAUAGAAAAAAUGGUAUCUUUUUGAAGUUUAGAAGCAUUGAAGAGAUGUAACUUUUAAUAGGGUUCAAGGUAAAAGCUAACCAUCUAAGACAUUAUAAUAAAACAUUAAUUUUUACUGUAAACCGUCAAAUUGUACUAAAUCCUAGCAUUCCUUUUCACAUUUUUCUUCUUAUAUAAUUUUAUAUGUGACAGAAUGAAGAAAAAAAAUUUUUAACUAAUGAA